AUGGCUAAACAAGAACAUAGGCGCAGCAUUUACCGCUAUGUCGGAAGAGACGCGCCUUUCGCGCGUUUCAGCUUUACCGUGCUCGCUCUGGCGAUAGCGUCAUGUACCUUCCAUGCUCGGAAGAUUAGGGACAUAAUAGCAGUUUUGUCCCAAUCCGCUGCCGAUUCCGACAUAGAGGAUGGUACGACAGGCUUACGUGUCGAUUUUGCAGCAAUCGCUGCAAGAUUCAAAAGCCAAACACCAGGAGAGUCUUUCCUGCUGGUGCUCCUCGCCGUGGUCUCCCUUUUGGGAGCGAUUAUGCUGAUGAGUUUGUGGUACGUGCGUAUACGCCUGUUCCUAUUCUAUGAACGCUGUGUAUACAUAGAGGGGUCAGAAGAGUAUUGCAAGUUUGUACGCAAUCUAGGCACGCACGUAUUCAUCUCAGAGGCGACGCUAUCGUCGGAUGCAUCAGAUGAGCGCAGGUUGCAAGCGGAUACAUUGCUGCGCCUUAAACGUUCUACACUAUGUACUUAUUAUCGUUAUGGCCAUAGAAAGUAUAUAUUAAAUGAAAACAGCGGGUACUUCCAAUCAGUGGAUCACAUCGAUACCUUAGACCUAAGGGCACUGGAAGAAUGGCGUGGCUUGUCAGCAAAAGAUCAGUCCAGUAACCGCAUUUCUGGCAUGGAACGUUCUCUUUCCGUUUGUGCCGAUGUGUAUGGUGAAAAUGACUAUGAUAUACCAGCAUGUGACUUCGUGUCUAUGCUUAUCGACUCAUUCCUAAGCCCAUUUUUCAUAUUCCAACUGAUUUCCACAUUGAUAUGGGUCAUGGACAACUAUUGGUAUUACUCUAUGCUAUCGGUAUUUUCUAUAGUUACCAUUGAGAUACAAAUGGUAAAUAGACGCAUACGCGAUUAUAACCGUAUUAAUAGCAUGAGGAUACCACCCUCAAAAAUAUACGUUUACCGUGACGGAAAAUGGAAUAAUAUCAGCAGUACUUAUAUGUACCCUGGUGAUAUAUUUCUUUUAUCGCAUGAUUCGUCAAUAGAAGCAAGUGUUGCACCUGCUGAUUGCCUCAUCUUAUCCGGUGAGGUCGUAGUUGACGAAUCGAUUCUUACCGGAGAGUCAGUACCACAGUUCAAGUCGGCAUUGGACUAUCGUUCGGUACAUGAAAGGCGUCGUGUCCUGCCAACAACCGAUAAUGAGGUCAGACAGUCUACCAUUUUCUCUGGCACAUCGGUUGUAUUGUGUCGGACGGACACCACCGCAUUCGCUAAUCUCAAGACGCCAAAACAGGGAUGCAUAUGUAUGGUAUUGCGUACAGGUUUUGAAUCGUACCAAGGGAGACUGGUAAACGCUAUUAUGCGAUCCGGAGAACGUGUCACCGCAUCUACUAAGGAAGGUUGGUGUUUCCUGGGAAUACUGCUAUCGUUCGCACUUUUGUCAUGUGCCUUUGUGGUUAAAAGAUUACCAACUGCCACUUUCAAAAGGCUCGCACUCACUAUACUUCACAUUAUCACCUCGGUCAUACCACCCGAGUUCCCAGUUAUACUAUCUAUGGCGGUUACUAUUGCUAUUCUACAGUUACACAAAAAGGGGAUGUACUGCACGGAACCUUUCAGGGUACCUCAUGCAGGUGAACUUAAGGUAUGUGCUUUUGACAAAACCGGGACCCUAACAGAAGACAACAUGAACGUUGCAGGAGUAGUGGUUGGGGAAAAUGUUACAGCAUACAGCACAGAGUCUACCACGCAGCUCAAUACAGGUGCCCUACCUAUAGCCUCGGCAAUAGUAAUAGGUGGUUGUCAUUCUGUUACGCGAGUUGCUGGAAAGAUCGUUGGAGACCCAAUGGAAAAGGCAGCUUUUGAACAUAUGGGUUGGACUUUAACUGCAGAUGGCAAAUAUGUUGAGUCAUUUCAUCCGUGGUUCUUCACUGCCACUAACAGGAUGACCCAUACAAGGAUUAACAUCCUAAGGCGUUGGCCUUUCACCUCAGAACUUGGGCGCAUGACGACUAUAGUAUCAGUCACUGGCAACGCGGCGUACUGGCAAAAGGACAUCCCGAUAUUGAAUCCACUUCAUAAAAGGGGAGAAGAUACUGCACUGCCCCCUUUGCAAAGGUACUACAGUACCUAUAUCAGUCUGAAUAAGAAUUAUGACGGGAGUGUGAUGGUAUUGUGCAAAGGCGCCCCGGAACGUUUGCGUCCAUUGUUACUAGAGACGCCAGUUUACUACGAAGAGCUUUACCAAAAACUUGCUAUAGGGGGUAUGAGGGUGAUCGCUCUGGCAUGUAAACGUCUAUAUGUCAAUGUAGGUGAGGCGUCAUAUCUUGAACGAAGUGCUGUGGAGACCGCACUAGAGUUCGUUGGAUUCUUGGCUCUUGAGUCUCCAAUAAGGCCUUCUUCUCUACUGUGCAUGAGACAGUUAGAAGGCCACAAACUUAUCAUGAUCACGGGUGAUAACGUUCUCACUGCUUGCCAUGUCGCUAAUGCGGUUGAAAUUGGUGACCGCAGUAUAUCUGUUACCCCGGAAACCGCAAUACAGAGUUGGGGCGAUUUUGCAAUACUGGUGGCAGAGGAGAAUAGAUUUGUAUGGCGUAGACGAAAUGGUGACAUCCUGCGGAAGGUCACGUCACCUGGCGACUUCCUGGAAGAGAUGCGUCAUAUUAAGCAUUCAAUGCGUCUAUGUGUCACUGGACCUGCUCUUGAUGCUCUACUUCACUUCGAACGUGACACUGGUCGCAAGGUCCUGGCAGAGAUUGUGCUUAGUUCGACAGUAUUCGCACGUGUCUCUCCACAACAGAAGGAAUUUAUCAUUCGAACAUUUAAACGUGCCGGUAUGAAAACGGCCAUGUGUGGUGAUGGUACCAAUGACAUGGCCGCGCUCAAGGCUGCGCAUGUUGGCAUAUCUCUUUUGAAGAGCGCCUUUAAUAAACCACCAUCACCUACCGAGGAGAAAUUGGCAAACUUGAUUCGGAAACAAAAGAAUAACAAACAUCGUGAAAUGCUGGAACAGCUACAACGUGAUUUACAGGACGAUAUGCCAGAGGUGAAACUUGGUGAAGCCAGCAUAGCAUCACCCUUCACUUACCGUAAAAACGACGUGCUUUGUGUACCACUAUUGGUACGAGCUGGGAGGUGUGCACUUACCAACGUCGUUGUGCUCUAUAAAAUCAUGGGUAUAAACUCACUUAUCACGUCACUUGGGAUGUCGGUACUGGCUGUAGAUGGCGUGAACUUCAGCGAUGCGCAGACUACCCUUUACUCUAUGUUAUACACCGGUAUGCUUAUGGCACUAUCAAGGUCAAAGCCAGCAAAGAACCAUACGGCAAAACACCCUGAGGAAUCUAUUUUCAAACGUGGUAACUUCACAAGUUUCGUGUUGCAAUGUUGUCUACAUGUUGCUGUGAUAAUGCGUUUGUGGUCCCUGGGUAUGAUCGGUCGGUCUUUAGAUUACAUACCAAAUUUGGAUGCACCAUUCGAGCCUAAUCUCGUCAAUACGCUGGUAUUCUAUGGUUGUUUCUCAAUUAACAUCGCAGGUUUUAUGGCGAACUAUCAAGGCUAUCCGUAUAUGGAAUCGUUCAGCGAAAACAAGCUUGUCUACCGGCCCCUUGCCCUUGCCAUAGUGUUCGUAGUAAUACUGGUCUGCGAUAUAUGUCGUCCGCUUGGAGAAUACCUCUCUCUGGUUGCGAUCCCAAGCCUGAUGAUCCGUCUUCAUGUGCUUGCCAUAUUGGGGUUAGACCUUAUUGCCGCAUUUGCCAUUGAGCAUGUAUGCCGCAGGUUCUUGUCCAACUAA